AUGGGGCGAAAAGGGAAAGAAUUAAGCAACCAGGUAAAAGAAAUCGCUUGGAAAUUAUUACAAGAAGGAAAAACUAUCAGUUACGUGUCAGAAACAUUAGAUGUGUCCAGGACUACAAUCGCCAGUUUUAAGAAGCGUGUAGAGCGCCGAGGUUUCAUAGAAAACAUCCCGAGACGAGGCAGGAAACCUGUCGUGACAGCCCGAGACUAUCGGAAGCUAGAAAGGCUCGUAAAAACCCACAGAAGAGAGAGUUUACAGGAUAUAACGGACAAAUUCAAUGAAAAUAAAGAACGGCCAAUAUCUAAACGAACUGUACAAUUACAUCUGCAUAAACAUGGAUUCGUGAGACGGGUUGCAAAGAAAAAGCUGGUAAUUCGAGAGGUAAAUAGGAGAAAGCGUUUAUCUUGGUGUCGUGAAAAGAGAAAAGUCACUGUUGACAACUUUUGGAGAAAAGUUAUAUUCUCAGAUAAAUCUAAGAUUGUUGUGGGACAAGACUCGCGUGUGUAUAUUUGGAGAAAACGAGGAGAAGGUUGGAGGCCGGAUUUGGUAAGGGGCGUGCAAAACAAAACCAUGUUACCAAGUUAUGAUCUGGGGAUGUAUCACCUGGCAUGGAGUCGGCACUAUUUCUGA